AGUGCUGGUCACGUGGCGCUUCGGAAGCGGGCGGUGGGUGUGUCCAAUCGCGUGUGGUUUCAUUCAUAACUACAGUCGUUAUUUGAAGCCCGGAAUAAAGUAUGCAGACGGGGCAGACUAGCUGUGGACCGCUUCACACCAAGUCUACAACGAGGCUAAGGGCAGGCGGCGCAUUGACAUGGGACAGCCCUGCUGAUCGGGGGGUUUUCAGCGGAGAAGGGAAGAUGCUUCUGCUGCUGAUGGUGCUGAUGCUGAGCGCCGACGCCGGCUGCAGCGCAUCUCUGUAGCCCCCCUGCACACACAGAGUAGAGGGAAGCUCCUCCAACACUUCCCGUUAUAGACCGGCUCACUCACUCUGACCUGGACCAUGAGCAAUGAUCUGCCUGUCUUGACAAGUCUGACUGAGAACUCCACUCAACAGGAUGUGCCCGUGUCAGCCGGCCAGGUGGAGAACUACGUGCUGCUGCUGGUGCUGCUGAGCGUCUUUGCCGGAGGCACGCUGGUCCUGCUCUCUCUGUUGCUGCUCUUCUGUCACCGCUGCUGCUUGGGUGGAAGACGUUACUCCAGAGCGAGCGAUGACCCUGAGAAGACAAACACGACUUAUGCUGAGGAUUCUCAGCCCACGCAAGAGAUCACAAUUCGUCUGGAUGAAUCAGAUGCUCUCUCAACAUCGAGUUGCCACGAUGGAGAGUCGGACCGAUUUGUUUCCACUGGCUCCAUUGGUCGCAGAGUCUCCUUCAAUGAAUAUGCACUGUAUGAACAGGAAAAAAACUCUCUGGAAAAGGGACGCAGAUACACUCUCACUGAAGGAGACUUCCAUCACCUGAAAAAGGCCCGACUGACCCACCUCCACCUGGCUCCAGCUCCAUGUGACCUGAAGAUACUCACCAUCAUGGAGUGUGACUCCACAGAGAGCAGCACCAUCAACAUCAGCGAGACUGCGGUUCCCAAACUGCCUCUCAGCAUCUACCAGCCCGUUGAGAGAAGAGUCCCUGACUGGAUGGGACAGAGCCUGAGUGGGGGUCUGCCUGGAGAUCCACAUCACUCCACCGUUCUGGACCAGGGAGACAGGCAGUCCUUACCAUCACAAACCCAGCGGUCCAAGACAAUGGAGGCCAUCAGGAAUAAGGGCGAGGCCGAGAGCAAGCUGGGGCAGAGGGGAGAGUCCAUGCAACCCCCGGGUCCGACAUCUGUUCUGCACUUCUUUUCCAAACUGCGGCGACACGCCAGUCUGGAGGGUGCCGGGCCUUACUUUAGAAGGUGGAAGUUUGAAACUAGUCAUCGGGCCGCCAGUCUGGAUGCCAAAGGAUCCCCGAAGAGAAAACCUUUUCAGAGACAGAGAGCAGCGAGUGAAACCACCGAUCACACAGAUGAGGACUCCUCUCCUUUCCGAGAUGAUGCCUUUGAAUCUUUCCCACAUAUUUCCAUUCAGACCAGUGGCCUCCAGUCCCUAUCUGCAGAGUUUCUGCCCCAUCCUGAAACUGCUACAUCCUCGGUCUUCCUCAAGAGGCUAAAACUGGAGGCCAAGGCAGAGGUAGGUGGUAGCAUCAGCACCAGAAGAGCCGAAGUUUGUCUCCCAUCUGAUCCUGCUCUGGAUGCUGAGCCUGCAGUCAAUGGAACCAGAGCCGAACAAGAAACAAUUUUUGGAGCACCGAUAAGAACCAAAGCGACAACAAAUGAAUUGGAGUCUGCAGAAGAUGACAACCUGUUUGGCACAGAACAAGAAGCCAUCAUGCAGGACAGGUUUGAAGACUUUUUAAGAAAAACCGAGGAAGCAAAAACAGAUUUUGGCACAGCUGAUGAGAGAAAAAAGAAUGAUGCGGAGACAGAUGAGGGAGAUGAGGCGGCAUUAGGAGCCGUAGCCAGAAGAAGGACUGACUCAGGCUCGUCUCUGUCUUUCAUGAUCCGCCAGGAGAGCUCAGAGGCACCCCCGUCCCUCUACAGAGACAUUUGGAGCUUGAGAGCCUCUCUGGAGCAAUAUGCCUCCUCAGAUCAGAGCAGCACAGAUCGGGAGUCAGUCCGCAGUGACGGCGACAGCGUCUCAUCCUUUGGUGGCGCAGGAGCUCGCUCAGGUCUGGACGCCUGCUUGUCGCAAGACCUGGAUGAUGAGCCUGAAGGAGAGGGGGAGACAGUGGGGGGAACCAGAGGGGCAUCAGGGGGAGACGAUGAGUUGGGGAGCGGAGCUGGAGGGGAGGGGGAGGGAGGAAACAGGAAACUCCUUCAAAUGGACAGUGGCUAUGCCUCCAUAGAAGCGCCAUCCAGAGCCCCUGAAGAUAUGAGGUUGUUUGGAACUCCUGGGGCCCCACGGGGGAAGACUGCAUCUGAGAGGAGACUGUUUUUUACCAGCUCUGGGAGAAAAGGUUCAGUAUGUGAGAGUGUGGAGACCAAGUUGUUUCAGGAGGAGCUGGAGGACCAGAUGGCUCUUGGCACAGAAACAGAGGAAAAACUGAAGCAGAAAUCUCAGGGUGGUGUUCUUUCUCACACCCCUCAAGAGCCAUAUCUACUACUGAAAUCUCUCCAUACUCAGAAACCUCCAGAAACACAAACUCAGCUUAUUUCUCCAUUGGUGAGCCCAACCCCACAGCCCCCCAGUCCACAUCGAUCCCAUCUCCGCCGACGUGACUACAGCAUUGACUCGAAGACAGAUGCUCUCUUCAACGAGUUCCUUCGUCACGACCCACGCUUCGAUCAGCAGGACUCCCCUUUACGCUCCAGACACAGAUCCAGGGUUCACCUCCGGAAGCAGUGGCAGAGACACAAGCAAUACAGCGACCCGGGUUCAGCCUGUGGGGGAAGGUACUCACCGUCUUUGGAGAGGCAGAGGUUUACCCCACUGAGGAGGGGCGACAGCGCAGGGUACCCACUGGACACCAGGUACCACAGCACCCUCUCACGCAUAGCAAGCGCCGCAGAUGAAGAAGCGAGUGAAGUUGUGGCUUCCGAGGAGGCAGCUAAAGAGAGAGCAGAAGAUCAGAUGGAGGAAGGAGCUGCAGGGAGCGUGGCCAACCAAAAGUCAGAUGGAGCAGACCCAACAAGAAGCAUCUCCGCAGAAUUGACUGGUGAGAGCGACGGCUGCCAAAUAUCCACAAACGAGGAGGGAAGCACAAGCAGCCAGUGUGCAAGCCCUGUGACAGCACAAAUGAGCCACAUGGACCCAAGAGUGGACAACAGGAACAACAACAGCAGUCAAGCUAUCUUAUCAGAGCUUUCCCUGCAGACACAGAGCAGCCUAACAGACAAGAUGGUGGCGUCAGUGGACGAGAGACUCUAUGGCAGAUUGCGCAGUGCGGAGAAAGCCCGACAAGCAGUAUCCGAGGUCUUACUAACGCACACUACCUCACCUGGGUCCAGUCCUACAUAAUCCUCUGACAUAGUAUUUAUCGCACAACCACAAGUCAAGCAUCAUCAUGUUUUAGACACUGUAUCAGAAAUCUUUAGCAGCAUUACAUUCCAGCUUGUCCAGUCACACCUGAACUGCCACUGUGAUGUCCGUCUUUCAUUAUUCAGAAAACUCAAAUUCACCACAGACAUUCAAUGAUGUAGAUCCAUUUAGAAAGCAUUGUUUUCUGACUUACUUGUGACUUUUGAGCAUGCUACUAUGAGUCCAAAAUAUGUGUCUGUGAAUAAUGUACAGUUUGAACUUCCACAAGCACUUUGAUUGGAUGAAAGCUACUGCUGGUUGUUAGCCAUUUCUCUCAUAUUUGUUCCUCCUCAAGUGUCCUUGUUCGUCUCAGUCGUCAUGAGGGUGAAUGGUUGUGUGAGAGCAGUCGUUUCCACAUACAGUGAUACGGUGCCCUGCAAAUGUAUUCACACCCCUGAGGUUUUACACAUACAACCACAAAAGUGUAUGUGAUUGGGUGAAAUUUUAUGUGACAAACACAAAGUAGUGCAACAUUAUAAAUUAGUU